AUUAUUAUAAUCAAUAUUUAAUGCACACACUGUUAAGUCUAUACUUAAUUAAAUAAGCUAUAAGCCAGUAUAAGCCUAUAUUCUUCUAAAUUAUCAUGAAGACCUAAAAAAAAUGACUGUUUACCUCUGAAAGUGAAUAUAAACCCAACUAACAAGCAAGGGCUAGUAACAUCUAGCAUCAUUAUUAAGACCAACAUACAACUUCAGCCAACACUAUGGCCACCUGUUAAGUACAGGGCUGAUUGACCUACACAUCUGUGACAGACAGACAGAUAGACAUACACACAGACAGAGUAAAUUACCCACCAUAUUUUUUUGAAUGCCUUUUGGCUGCACCUGUAGAAGAUUGCAGAGGCUGUGCACAGAUAGGAGAUGGUGUCAUCAUAUUUAAACUUAUCAAAAAAUGUCCAGGUUUUUGGAAAAACCUACAUUCCAGCGAUUCAAAUGGCAACUGUAGCAGUCACUUUUAGUAUCAACCCAUUGACGCCAGGAGCAAAGCAGUCAGUGACCUUUAAAAUAGAAGCCUGAUGGUCUGAAGUACAUGAACACAUACAUCUUCCCACUAUUCCACCCAGAUUGCACUUUACCUUUGAGAGAUUUACAUUAGUUGAAUAUACAUUUACAUAUUCUAUGUUGACCAUCCCACACAUCCCUUUAAGACAACAAGGAAGUCAUGAAAAAUAAAAGAGAUGAAGCUUUAUUAAAAUACCAGAAAAGAUUAGAAGAUGAAGCUAAUGAAAAAAAUGAUAUCAAAAGAGAACAUGGAAAAACAGCAGUGAAUGAGAUGCUAAAGAUUGAACAACUUGAACGUGACAGAAUUGCUAAGAUUAAAGAUGAAGAAAGAAAAAAAGCCACUGAAGCUUUGGAGAAAUGGAAAGAGGAACAAAGAAGUUUGGCAGAGAAGGAGAAAGAAAAACUUCUUGCAGAGAACAAAAGCAAAACACAGCACAGCAAAAGAAAAAAACCUGGCAGCAUUUUUGAAAGUGAACCAAAAGGUAAAUCUGGAAUAGUAAGAGAGAGUGGAAAUAUCACAGUGAAACACACGCCUCGUGUUUUUCCAACACCAACUAGAGAGUCACAAGCAGAACAAGAAGAAACAUGGCUGAAAAAACAAGCUGAAGCAAGGAAUGCCAUACAACUUUCAUUAGACAAUGAUUUAAGUGAAAAAGAAAAAAAUCCCCAGUGGUUGUUAGAUAAAGGAAAUUCCUACUUUUCGUCUGGAGAUUUCCAGUCUGCAAUCAAUGCUUACACUUGUGCCAUUCAUUUAGCUCCCAAAUUACCAACACUUUAUUCCAAUAGAGGAGCAUGUCAUCUGAAGUUAAAUAAUCUAUUCAAGUGUAUUGAAGAUUGCUCUAAGGCACUUGAUUUGAUGUAUCCACCUGUACAACAAAAUGCUUCUAGUAGAGCCAGGGCAUUAGUACGACGAGGAACAGCUUUCUGUAUGCUAGAGAUGUACAUUGAAGGUUUAAAGGAUUAUGAGGCAGCCUUACUUAUUGACCCCAAGAAUGAAGCAAUUCAAUCUGAUGCUCAAAGGAUACGAAAAAAGCUUAGUCCUAGCCAGACCUCUUACUAUAGACAGCAGGGGCAACAGUCAGGAUUUGACUUAGGGACCAUUGGGAUUGUUGAUGGUCUAUUUGUUGAUACGUAUAGAUGUUGAUGUUACUCGCAAGUUCGUUGUAGACUCAAUCAACGGAAUGAACAAGGAAUAUACUAGAUAAUGCAGGUUGAUAACUUCAAUACUUGAAUCAACAAAAAGGGCACAGUCCAUGUCGUUGCUAACUUGUCCACCUCUUCUUCCUUGUCCGUUACUCUUCUAUUUCUUGUUCUUCCUUUUUAAUUAUUCGUCAUGUCACUACGGAAAAACCCAAUUAAACCCAAACUUCUACGCGUCUUUCUAUCCUGUCUAUACAGGAUGACACUCUGGGACGCAUACUUCAUGACAGAGCAGCCAUCCCAAGAAGGCUGCCCUUACUAAAUCAAAUCAUCCGUACACACAGUUACAUUUGGCACUGAGUAGUUAGAAUCAAAACUGUCCUCUACCCCAUAGUGCUGCUCCAACUGUUUAUUUUUGUUUUUAAACUUUCUCCCAUCUGUAUUACUGUCGUUUUUUUUUUUGUUGGUGGAUAUUGUUUUUCUUCUUUAAGUUUCCAGCAUUUCUUCAGAAAUAAAAGUGAUAACAUUCUAGUCAAACCUUCAGACGGAGAGGGUUAAGGUUAGAACCAUAGACAUACCACACAACCAGGCAAUAGUUUGAUUAGUUUCAUAGUGUCAAACAUUC